UUUGAAGUCUUCCCUCCAUCUUCUCCGCAUUUUCCAACCCAACCGAGUGAGCGAGUCAACUACACGCGCCACCAUGAGCGAAGACGCUUCAUCAUACCCUCCGAUCGAACCAACCAAAUUCGACCUGAUCGUCGUCGGCACAGGUCUACCGGAAUCCGUAAUCGCCGCCGCAGCCUCCGCAAACGGCAAAACCGUCCUCCACCUUGACCCGAACUCCUCCUACGGGUCGCACUACGCGUCUCUCUCUCUCCACGACCUCUCAAAUUUCCUCAAUUCCCAUCCUGCCCCUCCUCCCUCCACCUCAUCCAACGGCCACGAUUUCACCCCCGUACCUCUCGCCCCUCGCCCCCUCUACUCCCACGUCGAAAUUUCCUCUUUUGUCCCUGAGAUCCUCGACGAUGAACAUUCCAGAAAAUUCAACAUCGACUUGUGUGGACCUAGGGUUUUGUUCUGCGCCGAUAAGUCCAUCGAUCUGAUCCUGAAAUCUGGGGCGAACCAGUACAUUGACUUCAAGAGCAUCGAUUCGAGCUUCGUGUGCGAUGCGAGUGGGAGAUUGACGAGCGUGCCGGACUCUCGGGCCGCGAUAUUCAAGGAUAAGAGCUUGGGGUUGACGGAGAAGAACCAGUUGAUGAGGUUGUUCAAGCUUGUUCAGCAACACUUGGGUGGUGGUGAGAAUGAGAAUGAGAGGAUUUCGGAGCAGGAUUUGGAGAGCCCGUUCGUCGAGUUCCUGAAGAAAAUGCGGUUGCCUCCAAAGAUUAAAUCGAUUAUUCUGUAUGCUAUAGCCAUGGCCGAUUAUGAUCAGGACAAUGUGGAGCUAUGUGAAGAUGUACUUAAGACAAAAGAUGGUAUAGAUCGUUUGGCUCUCUACAACUCAUCAGUUGGCAGGUUUCCAAAUGCAUUUGGGGCUUUUCUUUAUCCAAUUUAUGGUCAUGGGGAACUACCGCAAGCUUUUUGCCGCCGUGCUGCUGUCAAAGGUUGCAUUCAUGUUCUGCGAAUGCCAAUGAUUGCCCUACUAAUGGACAAGUGUACUGGGCAUUAUAAAGGAGUUAGAUUAUCUUCGGGUCAAGAUUUAUUCAGCCACCAGUUAAUCCUGGAUCCAUCCUCUGUAGUUCCGUUGCCAUUAAUUUCAUCUCCAACAGAUUCUCCAAGAGAAAAUCGUCAAAUUUUAGGUCUGGGAGAUGAAAAAAGGAAAGUUGCUCGGGGAAUAUGCAUUACAAGGAGUUCCUUAAGGCCAGAUACAUCAAAUUUUCUGGUGGUAUAUCCUCCAAGAUCUUUGUACCCUGAACAGGUUACAUCAAUCCGAGCUCUCCAAAUAGGUAGCGAUUUAGCUGUUUGUCCAUCAGGCAUGUUUGUGUUAUACUUUUGUACUUUGUGUCAUGAUGCCAACCAAGGGAUAAAGUCACUGAAUGCUGCCAUGGAUUCUCUUCUCACACUACCCAAGUCCUCACAUUCUGAAAGUAGUACAACUGUUCACAGUGAAAAUUCAGCAGAAGUAAUGCCCACUGUACUCUGGAAAGCAUUGUAUAUUCAGGAGCUUACCAUGGAUCAAUUUGAAUCUAUCAACUCCACUGCGAUGCCAGAUGGAAAGUUCAAUUACAAUAAUAUUUUGGAUGCAGCUUUGAAGUUGUCAAGUCAUAGGUCUAAUCUAUUGAGGCAUUGGUUAUGCUUAUUUUCACGUGUUGACUUACUGACUAGAAUUUGGUGGUGGUUCUGGUACUUCGGUAGCUAUUUCAGAAGAUGUAUCCUGAUGAAGAAUUCUUUCCAGAAACAGUCUCACCUGAGAAUCCUGAGGAUGAUAAUGAGUUUAGUUUAGAGAGUUAACGUGGUUUACUGAACUAGAUGGUGUUAUCCAUCUUAGCAGUGCUCUGCUCGGAAAGUUAUGAAUUGUGGAUGGCUUGAAGUGCUGUGUAUUGCCUUGAGAAAGAGAACUUCACGUUUAAGCAAUCUACUGCCUCGUAUGUUUUCACAAAUUUUUGUAGCAUUAUAUUAAAAAAGGCAGAUACUGCCCUUUCAUUUUCAGAAGUUGUACCAUUAUUCAACUCUACCUUAACCGUGCAACAGUGGCCGCCAUGGCACUGUUGUACAUACAAAUUCUAGUAGGAUGUCAAUGGCACUGUUGCACAUACAAAUUCUAGUAGGAUGUCAUGGUUCUUACACGUUUGGUAAAAAUAUUUCAUCUA